AUGAAAUAUAAUGGAUUUCGUUUAAAUCAAGUACAGUUGAGUCCCUACAAUAUUGAGUUUGGUCAUGUCUGUGAGGACCCGAACAAUUGGGAGCAGCGUUAUGAGAAGAAAGACUUUAAGAAUCACAGGGAUAUGGGAAAAGUAAGAUGGGGAGAUAAAAAGGGUGGAUAUGGCGAGCAUUAUUGGGAUUUGAACCAUGCGGGUCACACGGAUGACAACGGUGAUGACGACUACAACACUAGCUCCGAUGACGGUUCUUAUCACGAAGACCCUACUUCUAACGAUGAAUCAAAUGAAAAAUUACAAGCAUAUGAAAUUGAUGAAUAUAACCCCGAUGAUAUAAGUCACUAUGAUGAAAACGGAAGAGCUAAGAGAGCAAAUACAAGGGUUAAAUCAAAAGUGCAAAAAAAUGACAGAAAUAGUAAUGAAAAAGAACAACUGACCAACGAAUAUAAACAAAGAAACAAUAAAGAUGACGAUAAAACCAGUGAAGAAAGUAGCGAAGAAUAUGUAACAGCUAGACCAUUACGGGUUAAGGCAAAAGGGCGUGUUCGUAAGCCUCACGAAGCAGAAGUUUCAGAAACGAAAGAGAAGAAUGAUAUUGUUUUGAUUGUUAAUCGAAAAGAACAAGAUGAUGAAGAAGAAAAUUAUAAACCGCAACAACCUAAACCUUUAGAGUCUUAUGAUAACGCGGAACCAAAACGCUUUGUUUCUUAUGAAGGAGGUGCAGGAGUAAGACAAAAGGUUCAACACGAACCUUUACCAUCGGCUUCAGUACCUAGACUAUUUUUAGACCAAUCUACGGGCUAUAUCUUUGAUAGGACAACGGGACAAGCUUAUGUAUUGCAACCAAUACAUCAAAAUAUUGACUACAGUUAAAUUAGAUUAAACAUCACCAAGCUUAGAAUAAUAAGAUUUUUUUAUAUUAUUUAUUUAAUAAAAGUUUUACUUAA